GGCGAUGCUAUUUCACCUCACUUGGAGGGGCUUUAGUGCUUACUAUUUGGACAACUGUCUGACUUUGGACAGAGUAACAGAACUUCCACAGGUCGCAUCACACCUCAAAGCUUCCUAUAGUUAAACGCCUUGCGUAAAGCCCAGACUCUAGCAAACAUGUCUCGACAGUUCAGACUCUCCCAUCUAUUCCCACUAUUCGUUGCCAUCGCUCAUACUAUAGGCGGGAUCGUUCCCUUCGUCGCCAAAGACGCUGGACUCCGCUCCUUCGGUCUGCCGGAGAGAUUCGCAGAGUCAACUAUAGCGCAGUCAUGCUUCAUCCUCGAUGGCGCCCGACUAUCUGUGCUAGGGACGGUUCAGCUAAUCAUGUAUCUUCGCGGAGACUAUGCGGCAGUGGACAUCAUCAUGGCUCUUCUGGUGUAUGUUGGGCUCGUUGAUGGGUACGUAUGCUGGCGGGAGGGCGAGCUGGGAUCAGCUGUGUUUAGAGCUACGUCGGGGAUGGUCAUUGGGGCAUGGGAUGGGGUAUGUUGGGGUUGACGUCCAAGCUGUGAACACUUGGAAAUUACUUAUAGACAUGGACACGAUUUAUAUGCAUUUACCGCGUACGUGUUGGCGAGAAUGAUCUUCCCUCAAGGAUCGACCAGGUUCUAGUGAAGUUUAGUCGUGCAUUCGAUCCUGUGAGUGAUCAUCGUCAUUUUUUCGACACGCCUGGUGUUUCUUUCAUCUGAGCGUCUUGCGUAGACUAUAAGAAUCUCAGAGCCGAAUUAGCCGCGAAGUGGUACUUGAUCUCACCAAGAUUCAUAAUAUCA